ACUGGCACAAACACACUCGCAUUCGGUGCUGUUCAGUGCGUUUGCCAUAGAAUAUUAGAAACUGUGAAUGUUUUGAGUAUACAUAUGUACAUGCGUACACCUAAUAGAUUUAAUCGGAACUACAUAUUAUCCUGAGCGAAACAAGCUGUUUUGGCGGGGUUUCUCUUGAAAAAUAAAACCGAUCUAAACAAAGUGAACUGCCAGCAAUUAGCUACUGGAAUCUGAUCGAUUUUUUCCCAAAUGGGCCAUCGAGUAAAUAUAUUUAAUGUGCGGCUCCAACCUCAACCAAAUCUGAGAGAUUACAGACUCACCCAAGCCCAGAGGCCAGUUAAACCAACAGAGACAGGCAAAAACAAGAAAUGAGUGGACGCGGCAGCCGUAAACGUGGUCGGCCGCCGAAGACGGCCAAUGAGCGGGCUACAGGACGCUUCAACUACCAGCUGCUCAAGAAGCCCAAGUACCUCAGCGAAGGCAAGUCGCAGCCCAGCACGCCAUCGGCCUCCAGGGGCAUCUCUCCGCAGAGCGACGAGGGCAGUCGGAGCAGCCACAACAUCCACCACCGCGGCAGUCGGGGGAGCGCCGCCAAGAGGGGACGCGGUCGCAAGUCUACCGUGCAGCCCAACACCAGCAGCUUCGCCGGAAGAAAAGGAUACGAGUCAGAAUAUCACUAUGGGUCGGAUUUUGGAGAUUCUGAAGAAGACAAAUCAGACAAUGAAGAUGACAUACUACUUACACCUAGCGACGACGAGAGCCUGGAAGCGGUCAACGAGAGUGAAUCUGAAUUCUCCGUAUGUAGCUUCAAUCAGAACGGUCUUGGUCGUCCUCCACGACCGCCUAGCCCAGAACCUGUAUGGCUGCAGGAAGGGAGGCAAUAUGCAGCGCUUGACUUGCCCGAUUCCUCCGAGGAUCUAUCCAUAGCUAAUGUCCAUGUUUUGAGAGCCCUCAGUAUUUAUGAAGUACUAAGACGUUUUCGUCACUUGGUCCGCCUCUCGCCAUUCCGAUUUGAAGACUUUUGCGCUGCCCUAGCUUGUGAGGAGCAAAGUGCUUUAUUGACAGACGUACAUGUUAUGUUGUUAAAGGCGAUCUUACGCGAAGAAGACGCACAGGGAACACAUUUCGGGCCGCUGGAUCAGAAGGAUACGGUUAAUAUAAGUCUUUACCUAAUUGACGCAAUCACGUGGCCGGAAGUUUUACGCAGCUAUGUGGAAAGUGACAAGACAUUUGAUCGCAACGUGUUCCAGAUAUUAGGACAAACUGAGUACCCGUACACAGGCAUUGACAGCCGACUUGAAGUGCUUCAGUUUCUGACAGAUCAAUAUUUAACCGCCAAUUCCAUACGGGAUGUAAUGCUCCAGGAAGGACCCAUACAUUAUGAUGACCAUUGCCGCGUAUGCCACCGACUCGGCGAUUUAUUAUGCUGCGAAACGUGCCCUGCUGUCUAUCAUUUGGAAUGUGUGGACCCGCCAAUGAAUGACGUACCUACUGAGGACUGGCAGUGCGGGCUUUGCCGAUCCCAUAAGGUUAGUGGAGUAAUGGAUUGCGUGCUGCCGCAGGAAAAACAGGGCGUGCUUAUUCGGCAUGACAGCCUGGGUGUUGAUCGUCAUGGCCGAAAAUAUUGGUUUAUUGCACGUCGUAUUUUUAUAGAGGAUCAGGCCGACUGCACUUGUUGGUAUUACAGUACGACAAGUAAAUUAAAACUGCUACUUAACCGGUUGGACUCUGAAGAACUUGAAACUCGGCUGCAUAGCCAGCUAACAGAACGCCAAUGCGACAUCGAGCGUCAAAUGAAACUGACUGAGACCUUAACUAACGAGCAUAAACAUACUAAGCGAAGUUUAAUUGAAAUUGAACAAGAGGCUACAAAUGAAAUAUUUGACAAAGAGGCUAUGGAUGAGAAAACUGAAGAUGGUGAUGCCAAAUCUGAAACACAUUCAGUGGAGGGAACAAAAAAACAGGAAGAAUGCAAAAUGGUUACGCGUCAGAAAUCUAAUCAGUUGAGUAAUGGCACGCUUCAUUUUAAACUUGGUAUGGAGCAAGGAUUCAAAAAUUAUGUUAACCAGUAUUCAACAAAUCCAAUUGCCCUUAACAAGCCGCAAAGAAACGAGGAACGCGACAAGCGGCGUCAUCUGUCCCACAAGUUUUCGUUAACGACUGCUUCCGACUUUAAAUGGAUUGGCAUUACCAUGGGGACUACCGAAAACAUGAUCACAACACUUAGACAGACUUUGAUAAACUUCGAAUCCAAUAUAGCACCCUCUUUUUUAAAUACAAACUGGGUGGUCAACAGGAAAAUUUGGAAUUCUGCUGUGAUGAACGCCCGUCGCGCAUCUGAUUUUGCUGCCGUUUUGUUACUGUUUCAAUCGUCCCUAAAGAGCGUUGUCUUUGCUAAUGUCUGGCAUGAGCAACUUGGUCAUACAACUUUGCAACGAAUAACUAGCGCCGAACGAGAAGACCGAAAAAAGCUGGAAAAGCGGGAGAAACGCGAACGUGAUGAUGAGGAAGAACGCAAUCGUCUAGCAUUCAACUACAUAAAAUAUACACUGGGUCUAAAACAUCAAGUCUGGAAGCAAAAAGGAGAAGAAUAUCGUGUCCACGGACAAUGGGGCUGGCUUUGGCUCUCAAGCAGCCGACGCUGUGGUGUUCGUGCCCGACGAGUCCAACCUCUGGUGCACAACAGGGUGUAUGUGCACUACACCAUGGGAGAGGAAAAUACCGUUAAUGAAAUUAUAUUGGUCGACCCUCGGACUCAGCGCUUCAUGCAACAAUGUCAGUCAAGCAAUGUCGAUGGUCAGGUGUGUCACUAUUUACCGGAGCAAUAUACAAACGUAAAAGUUAUCGAAAACGUUAAAGAAAAAAUCCAGGGAGACAUCGAUGUCAGUAAAGCUCUUAGUGCUCCAGGGCGUAGUUACUAUCCAAAAGUGGCUCGCAAAUGUCGGUUAGAUGAUCUGUUGGAUCGUCGUAUUAAACUGGCCGAGGUCGAGGAGCAGAUAGCUUGUAAUAAUGUCACUGAUAUAAAGCCGCUUGUAAUUUCAUCUCCAAAUGUUGCAACCAUUAACAAACAAACGUAUCUAGAGAAGCGUUUACUCCGCCUUACUGAAGUUCCAGCAAAGGGAGGCACUGCAAACGUAAACUUGGAACUCGUUAAUUCGCUGGCUAAACAAAUUCAAACAGUGCGCUUACAGUUUAGCCAACUUAAUCGUUUUGCUAAGAUUUUUCGUUGUUACACAAAGGAGUGUAAUACAAAUUCAAAUGCUGUAUCUCAAAUAACUCAAAAUACCUGCUACUCGCCAUUGUGUCUUCAAAAAGCGAGAGCAAAGAAAGAACUUUUGCUCUUGUUACGGAAGGCACAUACUGCGGGAAACGGAUCAAAAGAGACGGUUGCCGCUAUACUGGGAGCAGUUAAAAAGCCAUCUAUUCUCGAGCAAAAACUCACUGAAGGCAAGAGAGAAUCACAUCAACUAGCAACUGAUGAGUCAGAAGAAGGAAAACCAUCGGAAUUCGAAGCGCCGUUGGAUUUACUUCAGGACUGGGAACAUGCUCGGUCGCAUGCUGUUUCUUUUACAGAUUUACUAUUAACUGAAUGCUUGCUGUUUGAACAAGGCAGCGCAACCGAAACCAGUAUCAAAGAAGAAGAUGAUCCAAGUGCCGGAAGCAAUACAAAUACUGACUCUAACACACAAGACUCCGAUAAAAUGGAUUAUAUCGAAAGUAUGGACGUUUGCAGUAAUGUUGAAAUUGAGAGUACUGAAGACUCAAUUAUCGCUGGCUUAAACUCGGCAUGUUUAGGAGCUAACGCAGAAGAUAUCGAUAUGACAAGCGGAUGGCGGCGAAAACGUAACCAAAAAUCUAAAAAAACUUAUAUUGGUACUAAAGAUGUGUUGGAUCAGACGUUAGACAAGGACAUACCACUUAACAAACAGAACCGCAGAUUUCCAAUCACUACACGUCCGGUAAAGCGUGAAUGCGUAAAAAAAUAUGAACGGGAAUAUUUUAAGAAUGGAACAGAACGCGUCUAUUCGUCUAAUUCACCCCGGGGUCGUAUAUACCUUCUUAAUAAUACAUCCAAGUUAUACGAGCAAGCUGUAAAAACUGAGGAUAAAAUGAUAAUUUCCAAAAAGCCAUUAUACUCCCGUUACCCUCUUAUCUCAAAUUUCCUUACUCAUAAAAAGAAGCGAAGCUUAUUGGUGCUGCCGCGUUUCGAGUUGCUUAAGCUGGCGCGUAUGGGAGGAAAAUCAUCAACCAAUGGCUUUCAUCACGCUGCAAAAAAUAACACAAUCUGGCAAUAUCAGUGCUCGCGUCCCCUUUUCCGAACGUGCUGGUCCUAUCGCACAUCUAAUGCCACUUCGUUAUCCAGUCUAGCUCUUCAGCUACGAAUAUUGUGGUCGUGUCUUCGCUGGGACGAUAUGAUAACGAAGCCCCCUUCCACCGAUGGAAAGCAUCAGGUUACAACAGAAACCGAAAUUGUAACUUUGGAGUUGUUAAAACUUCGACAUGCAGGCCGCUAUGGCGAAAAAACCAGCUAUUUGCGUCGUAAAGUGGUCAUUCCACUUGAAAUGCCUAAGACUAUAAGAGAAGUAACUUCUAUAAGGUCGGGACUGCGGAAACGAAAGCGCGCUGAGUCCCCCCAGCCAACUGAGCCUCAAAUUACUGAAGAAUGGGUCGAGGAAGAUAAACUAGAAUUAUGGGAAAUUAAAUUUAUUGGAGAAAAACAAGAAAAGGCACGCUUGUCAGCAGUCACGCGAUCUGUAGCAUCCCGACAAUUGGAGACAUGUGGAAUUAAUGCUUCAAGCUCUUCAAGUAAUGGAACUCCAGGGGUCGCUGGUCGCGUUCAUUUGGCACCAAAAUCGAGCGAUGAUGUAAAGGAAAAAAUGGAACAACAAUUAAAAUUGCAACGCGCUGUUCAUCAGCAAAGAAAAUUGGUCGGCACUAGCGAAGUCACUCGCUCUGUGACCCCAGUUAAGGGCCAAGUUAUUGGUAGUAGACGUGUCAUAGUCAAAAAUCCUGAUGGCACAACGCGAAUCAUACAGCAAGCAGUUACACAAGUUUCUAGGACAGCAACAACAGCACCAAACACGCCAGCGACGGCAAAUGCAUCCCCUACUAUAAACAGCAUGUCUAGCACGCAAUCUUCUUCAUCUACUCCCACACCACAUAAGGUACAAAUUAUAAGGGGACCAGAUGGCAAGGUCAGCGUACGCGGAUUAAACCCUGGGCAGCAGCUUGUUCAAAUGCCGGAUGGGAAAUUGCAUGUGCUGACUACCACAACUACAUCAAAUGCAGCUCAAGGAAAUAAAAUCAAAGUUCCCAUUAGGCCGGCUUCUACCCCGUCAUCACCAGCAGUAACUUCAGCAUCGACUACUGCAAAUCCAGUAACACCAGUUAUAAAACAAAUAGCAGUUAAACAUCUCACGAAAAAUUCCGGAACUCAAUCCGUAGCAUCGUCACAGCGUGUAGCUUUACCGCUUGCCCAAAUUAAGAAUAAAUUGUUGCUGGCCCAACAGCAACAGCAAGCUUCAGUAGUAUCUGCAUCAGCAACAUCUUCAUCGCCGUCUGUGCAAAAGAUAGUUUCAAAGGUGGUUAAUACGAGUUCGUCAGGACAUAAUCUGCAACAAGUAUUCGUGCAGUCCGGAUCAAAAUUGGUGGUAGGUCAAAACGCACAGGGGCAAAAGGUUAUAAUAUCCACCUCACCUGCACAACAACAAGGGACAUCACCAGUUCAACAGCAGCAACUUGUACAAUCCCAAGUCCUUUCACAACAAAUUCAACAGUCAUCUCAGCAGCAAAUCUCAAUGAACCAGGUCGGAAGUCAACCAACGCAAAAAGUAAUUCAGCAAAUUGUUAACACCAGCAACGUGCAACAGCAAAUUGUAGUUGGAGGCCAACGGAUAAUUUUGAGCCCCGGUCAAACUAUAGUUACUCAGAGAAACGUGCCGCAGAGCCAAGCUUUGCAAAUGGUUCAGCAGCAGAUUCAAACCCAGCAGCAACAACAGCAUAUUGUUCAGCCUCAGCAACAAUUUGUUGUGCAAUCAAACCAAAUUGUUCAAUCCUCACCAAGUACACAAACAAAGUUGGUCAAACAGCUUGUGGUUCAACAACAAUCACAGCAAACAAUUGAAGAAAAAGCACAGAUCACACCCACAGAUGGAAUUGAAUCUGGUACGCAACAAGUGCUAGUUCCAAACUCGACUUUAGCUCAGCAGUUAGCCCAAGGCAAACUACAGGUGGCCACUGUAAACGGUCAACAAGUUAUCGUGAAACCAUUGGGAAAUAAUCAGGCGCAAAUCGUAGCACAUAUUAAACAUCAAGGCGAUGGAAACGCUCACAUCGUAACAAAUAAUUCCAUCACUGCAGUUCCGCAAGCAAGUCCACAAAGUUCACCAGUCAAACAGCAAGGCCUCCCUCCCCAGCCAGUCGUUAUCCAGCAGCAGCAAAUUUCUCAACAGUCAACUACAAACUACGAAAGUGGCGUUAGCUCAAUCACUCAACAGCCUGUUGUUGCCCAGACUGUCCAGGGACAAGCCCAACAGCAUUCCUUAAGUGUUGAAGAAAGUCUUCUGCAGAAUCAGCCUCCUGGAACAGUAAUUAAAUGUGUCACCGCUCAAGUUUUGCAAACAGAGCAUGGGCCACGUAUAGUAUUACAGGGCCUGGUAGGCAACGACUUCACGGCUCAACAAUUGCAACUAGUGCAAACACAGGUGAAGCAGCAAUUGAUGAAGGCUCAAGAGUCAAAUGGCAAACUCGGUGUUCUGGGCCCAACAAAAAUAUAUUUGGCGGUACAGCCGGAAAUUGCAGCUCAAUCACAACCACCCCCACUUACCCCAGUUCACCAAUCGGCUACGCAUCAGCAAGUUGUUGGCGGCGUAUCAAUUGCUUGUGUGAUGAGCUCGAAUUAUAUGUUGCAUGAAAUGCAAGAAGAAGACUAUGAUGAUGAAAUUAUUGUAGUCUGCAGUCCGCCGAAUCAAAUUGAACCUACAUCCCUAAAUGAAGUAAUCCAAGGUAGAAUUUCAAUAAGUGAUUUGGCGUGCCACACCAACAUUAGUUGUAAGCCAAUUCUGCAAGCAAAAAAAUUAAAAAUGUAUAAUCUAGUUCUAGUUGAAGAUCAAGACAAUAAUGAACAGCAUCGCCUAAAAUAUGAAAGUGAAGACCUUAAACGAUGUUCAUUGCAGACUAACAACGUCGACAACGACGCCAAUGCGCUAGCAACCUUCGAAGCCAAUCCGACUAUUAUAAUUAAUUCCAUAAAUAAUGGCAAUGAGCAGGAGCGUAUUAAAUGUGCAGAAAAAGACAAUUUUAAUAAAACAAUUAACCAGCCCUUUGUCGGUACAUCUACCCUAUUAGAGCGCUUAGAUCAUAACGAACCAGCAAAGCAUUCUGAAAUCGAGCCCACAGAAAAUAUAUUAGAAAAAAAGCAAAGCGAGAGCUAUGUUGUAACCAGUGGCUAUAUACAAAAGUCCAUUUCAAAUGCUCUUAAACAAGGUAAUCUGAGUCCGGAACUUGAAGAAAAACUUGUUUAUAUGCAGAAGCAACAAGAAAAUGAUGAUUGGAAAUUAGACUCAAGAGAAAGUGCAAGCGAAGAGACACUUAUUCCAAAUCGCCGCAGCUUUUUACCAGGCGAUAACAACAGGGAUGAUGCUGAAUGGAAAAUUCGAUCUUCAUUAUGGCGUCAAAAUGCUAUCACAAGUAGUAGUCAGUUUAAUCGAAGUUUUAAAAAAAAUCGCAGGCACAAUGAAGAAGUGACCGAAUUUGGGGAAGCAAAGCAAUUGCAGUUGGAACGCCAUAAGGAACUGCUUAAAAAAAGUAUUUUACGCAAACGUUCAUUACUAGAACGUAAUUUACAAAAUGAAAUACACGAAGAUGUUCAAACCAAAGUUCAACGACACGUUCGCUCCCUAAGUACCGCUUCACCAGAAGAACAGAGCGAAAAUGAAAGAAGUUGCGAUCCUGAGAUGGAUUUUAAACGGACAGAGGCCAAUGCGCAGAACAGCAGAUUUGGGGUCGGCAGACCAAAGAAAUUUCCCAGAAAAAAGGAAAAAUUGUACUGCAUUUGUCGUACUCCAUAUGAUGACACAAAGUUCUACGUUGGGUGUGACCUAUGCAGCAAUUGGUUCCAUGGUGAUUGUGUCAGUAUUACCGAAGAAGCUUCGAAAAAACUCGCGGAAUUUAUUUGCAUUGAUUGCAAGAAAGCAAGAGAAACCCAGCAGCUUUAUUGUAGCUGUCGUCAACCAUACGACGAGUCGCAGUUUUACAUAUGCUGCGAUAAAUGUCAGGAUUGGUUCCAUGGACGUUGCGUCGGAAUACUUCAGAGUGAAGCGGAGUUUAUUGAUGAAUAUGUGUGCCCUGAAUGCCAGCGGAAAACAGAUUCAAACUCUGAUAAUAUCAAAAAACUUUCCCCCAAUGAAAUUGAAGAGCUAAAGAACCUGAUUAAACAAAUACAGGUUCACAAAAGUGCUUGGCCUUUUAUGGAGCCGGUUGAUCCGAAGGAAGCACCUGACUACUACAAAGUAAUUAAAGAGCCCAUGGAUCUCAAACGAAUGGAAACCAAACUCGAAUCAAACGCCUACUCAAAACUAGCCGAGUUUAUUGGCGAUAUGACAAAAAUCUUUGACAACUGCCGGUAUUAUAACCCAAAGGAAUCAUCGUUUUAUAAAUGUGCUGAGACACUAGAGUCAUACUUUGUGCAAAAAAUUAAAAGUUUUCGGGAAAAUGAUUUUGGACAAAGUAGAUAAGACACCAUAGAAAAGCUUAAAACUUAAGAAAAAAUAUUGUAGUUGCUAUCACUAACACAACAAAAAGAUACAUAUGUAUUUUAUUUUGUAAUUAAAUGUAACAGUUACAUUCAUUAUCAAUUCAGAAAUACCUAUGUAUAUUUUAUAAUAAGACCUGUGUACAUAUGAACUCUAUAAAUACGAACGACUAUUAUAUGAGAUGUAAUAUAAUUUAAUAUGAAAAUAAAUUUUAGGCUCUUUUCCAGACAAUUUUAAAAAUUAUAAGUAGGUUACAAUAAGGCUUUUGUACAGAAAAUUAAAAUGUUUAUAAACCAUU